UAUAUACACCCCAGGAAGGCAAGAAGAAGAGAUUGAGAUUGCAGCUAACCUAUAUGUGUUUGUCUGUUCAAGCCGUUAGUGAAAACGUUAGAAUAAAAAGGCCUGGACGCCAACAACCCGUCAACAGUUUCAUUCGCGACGUCAACAUGAAGUACUUCAACUUGCUUCUAAGCCUGUGCCUGGUGUUCAUGCUGUGCUCCUCGUGGGUCGCCGCCUUCUCCAGCCUCUCCCCUCCGGAUCCAACCCCACCGAUUGGUGCUCCUGUCGACGGUGACGGAAGCUCUACUUUCUCCGGACCGCCGAAUGCCCCAAGUACGCAGGUCACGCCGGAGGUUUCCACCAUCUAUCCAAAUUACGCUGUUUAGGGCCGUCGACAAGUUAUGAAUUAAAAAUUCAACAGCAAUUAUAAUUAAAUACGUGUAAUCUUCA